AUGUCCAAUAAAAUCUCAGAUACUUCAGGGGAGCUCGAAAGGGUACAGAUCAUGUUACAGGAACUCACAGCUGAGUCAAGCAAACUGAAAGAGCAGCUUACCGGGAAAGAAGGCGAACUUUUACUUCUGACAGAAAAGGAAAGCAAAUUGCAGGUGCAAAUAAAAGAACUAGAGGCAACAGUAGUGACCCUUGAGCUGGAACUAGAGUCAGUUCGCGCCCGUAAAGACAGAGAUUGCAAGCAAGACCACUGA